CAGGAUCGCAGCCAUUCCUUUGUGUGCGCAUUUUGUCGACAGAAGCUGGCUGUUAAUGCCGGACUGCAGCAUGAACGAACGCUAUCCAUCUCAUCUGCCUCACCGAGGCCUUUGACAGCGCUGCGGGAGCUGGGCAAAGCGCGCAGCGCCGCACUCUCUUGUCAGGCCCGAUCGCUGUCUCGGACAGCAUGUCUCAGCAACUCUGCGAACAAUGAGGGACCUCCCAGGGCGGGGGGAUUCCCAGGCGCAUUCUCCAGUGCUGGAGCAGGCGGUUGGGGCACAUUUGCGAAAGCAGAGACAUCGUCUGACGCUUUAGCUGCGACUGAUGGCUUGCUGCCUCACGAGCGACAGGCCCGGCAGAGAUCCGCCGCUGCGGAAGCUGCGCAGACGAACAAAAGUAACGAACCGAAGCAGAAUACGGGCGGCCAGCGCAGCAACCCCCUGCAAGCGUCCAAGUCGAGGUCUAUCUUGGCCGAUGUCUUCAAGACCAGCCGAGAACCGCGGGCUCCUCCAACGCCAGACUCUUGGACCUCU